AUGGUGUACAUCCGGCAGCAUCAGCUGCCCAAGUUGCGGGAAUACCGCUAUGCCGGCGUCGACCACUCGCUAAUAAGCCGAUAUGUCCUGAAACCAUUCUAUAACAAUGUCGUGAUCAAAUGUUUCCCCAUGAGUAUGGCUCCUAACGCCAUCACCUUAACUGGUUUCUUCUUUGUGGUAAUCAACUUCCUCACGAUACUCUGGUACAAUCCUACUCUAGACCAAGACUGCCCAUCUUGGGUUUAUGCCAGCUGCGCCGUGGGAUUGUUCUUGUACCAGACAUUUGACGGCGUAGACGGUAUUCAAGCGCGGAGAACUAAGCAAAGUGGUCCUCUGGGCGAAUUGUUUGACCACAGCGUUGAUGCGUGCAACACCGCUUUGGGAGUGCUGAUCUUCUGUGCGGCAAUGAACUUCGGCCAGUCAUGGGCUACUGUCGUGACCCUUUGGGGAUCAACCAUGACAUUCUACGUUCAGACCUGGGAUGAGUACUACACCCAAGUGCUUACCCUUGGCAUUAUCUCUGGCCCCGUGGAGGGUGUCCUGACACUUUGCCUCGUCUUUGGCCUCACGGCCUACAUGGGAGGCGGUAGCUUCUGGCAUCAGUCAAUGCUGGAAACCGUCGGUGUUCCAAAACUGGAUGCCAUCCCGGAGCAGGUGUAUGAUAUGCCUUUUACGCAGUGGUAUCUGGUCUACGGCGCGAUUGUGCUCUUCUUCGCCGUUGGAUCGAGUAUCGUGCAUGUCAUGCAAAUUCGGAAAGAGCGUGGACAGGACCCCAUUGCACCACUCUUUGGUCUCCUGCCUCUUGUUGCGGUGUGGGUGUUCGUGCCGGCCUAUCUCUAUCUUCAACCGACUAUCUUGGAGAACUACAUGGUCACAUUUGCCCUUUACGUGGGUCUGGUCAACGCAUACGCAGUGGGCAGGAUGAUCACUGCACACUUGGUCAAGUCCAGUUUCCCUUACUUCAACGUGCUUCUUUGCCCCCUUGCUCUUGCUGUUCUUGACAGCGCUGGCCCCAUUCUCGGUCUGUGGCCCAGCGCACUUGGCGGCGGAGACGGUCAGGUUGCAUUCGUUUACGCGUGUCUCGGUCUGGCGAUUGGUGUUUAUGGAAGCUUCAUUCACGACAUCAUCACCACGAUAUGUGACUACAUCGACAUCUGGUGCCUCACUAUCAAGCACCCCUAUGUUGAGAAGCAAACUGCGAAUGGACAAGUUGAUGCAGUUGAGAAGAAGAUGAGCUGA